AUGGGUCGCGUCCGUACCAAGACCGUCAAGAAGUCCGCCAAGGUCAUCAUUGAGCGGUACUACCCCAAGCUCACCCUCGACUUCGAGACCAACAAGCGCAUCUGCGAUGAGAUCGCCAUCAUCGCUUCCAAGCGCCUGCGCAACAAGAUUGCCGGCUACACCACCCACCUGAUGAAGCGAAUUCAGCGUGGUCCCGUCCGCGGUAUCUCCUUCAAGCUUCAGGAGGAGGAGCGUGAGCGCAAGGAUCAGUACGUUCCUGAGGUCUCCGCUCUGGACUUCACCCAGAACUCCGAGAGCGGCGGUCAGCUCGACGUCGACGGCGAGACCAAGGAUCUCCUCAAGCACCUUGGCUUCGAGUCCAUCCCCGUCAACGUCAUCCCCGUCUCUCAGCAGCAGGUCCCCGAGCGCGGUGGCCGACGAUAUGGCGACCGCCCUCCUCGCCGCGACUAA